ACAUUUACAUUACAUGGUAAUAGCAAUACACAAGCGCAACGGUAGAGAAUAUUUAUCUAACAACAAACAUAACUGGGAGCAUUAAUUAGGAAAUACAAUUUAUUUAUUUGAUAUUAUAAAUCAUGAAACUGGUAUCAGUGGUAAUAUUAUUGUGGCUUCAGUUGAGUUGUACAUUCAGUCAGGACGACCCAAGCGGCAAUUUUGUAAAUGAAGUUCAGCGGGCACUGAAAAGGCAAACGCAUAUUCAGGAUGUUGCUAAUGGCAUACAAACAAGAAAUGCACUAGGAAAUGUGUUCUCACGAUUCGUUGACAGUCCGAAAGCGAGCGUUAUUAAGUCCGUGCUGGACUCGCUGCUGGCGGAAGUAGGAGCAGCGGGCAUCUCAGAGGCCUGUAUGAACAGCACUAACCUUAUGCUGGCGGCAGCUAUCAACAAAGACCAAUGGGCAUUGAGAAUGAUCGAUGCCAUCGGAAAACCCCCAAGUGGCAUUCUAGACUUCAAUCUGAAGUGGCUCGGUAAUUACGACGAGUGUUUGGAGACAGAGGUCAGCGUGUUGGACAACUCAACGGGCCUCGUCUCGGAACCGUUCGAACCACAGUACUGUCAAGCUAGCUUUUAUCUUGGUCAAAAUCCUGCUGCUGUCAUGACUGGAGGGUAUAUUAUUGUGAACAUUGGAAUGUGUCUGCCAGAUAAGUGUGACAAUAACUCCGCGUCUCUUGUUGCUCAGAGAUUGAUUCAGUUGAUUCCACUUAACUUUACGAAGUCAAUACCGCCUCCAGGAAUGGUUUGUCAGAACAAUCAUCUCCCUUGGUCGUCCAGCGCCGUUGCUGCUAUAGUAUUAUGUUGUGUUUUCAUCGCGCUGAUGGUAACUGCUACAGUCUAUGACGCAUUGUGCCAAUAUGUGUGGAUACCAACAAAUAAAUUAUCUGAUGAAAAGUAUGCAGAUUAUGGAACAAAGGAAGCUGACAGUAUUAUAGGAAACGGACAUGUUUCAAACGGACAUGUCUCAAAUGGACAUGUUUCCAAUGGACAUGUUUCGAACGGACAUGUUUCAUACGGCGCUGUUUCAAACGGACCUUACCGUUACUUUGGAGAUGGACAUGCCAACGACAGCUUCAUAGCAGACGCACAAGAUUUGUCAGCUAAACACGUGUCUCAUCACAAGGCUGAUCUGAAAGAAAUUAAAUAUGAUAUUCCAGCGAAUUCCAAAAAAUACACACCAGGUGUUUUGGGUAAACUGUUGUUGUCGUUCUCCGUUUUGACCAAUGCACGGAAGAUCCUAAACACCGAUCAGCCAUCUCAAACGCUUACAAGUGUCAACGGCAUCCGAUUCAUCAGCAUGACAUGGGUCGUCUUGGGGCAUACAUACGUUUUUGGUCUUGGUGUGGUUGGUAAUACUGCCACCAUUCUACCAAAGUUUUUCAAACGCUUCUCAUUCCAGUGUAUCAGUAAUGCAUUUUUUGCGGUGGAUACAUUCUUUGUUCUCAGUGGUUUGCUUGUUGCAUAUUUGACAUUGCGUGAAAUGGACAAACGUGGCGGGGCAAAGAAGUUCAGCUGGGGAAUGUAUUACUUUCACCGAAUAUGGCGUCUGACACCUCCAUACAUGUUAGUGAUGUUCGUUUACACUACCCUGAUCAAUCACUGGGGAAACGGACCAAUGUGGCCCCAGCAAGGCUUCGACCCCAACAACUGUAACACUUGGUGGAUGAAUCUGCUAUACAUCAACAAUUUUCAAGACUCAAAGACAAUGUGCAUGGGCUGGUCUUGGUACUUGGCCAAUGACAUGCAGUUCUAUAUCAUCAGUCCUUUGAUACUUGUCCUACUUUUCUAUUCCAGAAUAGGAGGAGUUAUUCUGAGUGUAGCUUUUGUGAUCGGAAACUUCAUCUCCGCUGGAGUUGUUACAAAUGCACAUAACUUCUCCGCCAACAUGCUUGUGCGUAAUAGGGACGAAGAAGGAGACCCAUUUGCCCUACUUUACAUCAAGCCAUGGACUAGGAUCGGACCCUACAUUGUAGGAUUGCUGACUGGAUAUGUAUUGUACAAGACCAAAUGCAAGGUCACAAUGAGCAAGAUAGUGAACAUCAUAGGUUGGAUUCUAGCCGCAGGGCUAGCUAUAGCAAUUCUCUAUGGACUGUAUUCUGAUGACGGAACUAUCAAAUUUAAUAAAGCCACAACGGCCUUCUACAACGCCACCUCUCGGACAGUGUGGGGCGCAUGCGUGGCCUGGGUCGUUUUUGCUUGCGCAACUGGAUAUGGGGGUCCGGUGAACGCCCUGCUGUCAUGGAAGGGUAUUGUUCCACUGAGCCGUCUAACUUACUGCUGCUAUCUCGUACAUCCCAUUGUCAUGUACACAUAUUAUUACACUCAAAGACAACAGAUGUAUUGGUUCGACUUAGAAGUGAGUUACACGUUUCUUGGACACCUGUGCAUGACGUACGGUGUGGCAUUUAUUGUGUCGCUGGCGUUCGAAUCUCCGAUGAUGGGAUUGGAAAACGUUAUCCUUGGUCGUGCAAAAAAACAUUGAGCCUAAUGAAGUCAUCAGUAAACGAAAUUGUACUGUAAAUAAUUAUUCACGGAACAAGAAUGAUAUAAAAAGACGUUAAAACUUCGAAUCAUCAUCUAAUAUUUGAUAAUUGUCAGUUUAUGAUAUUCUUAUGGCAAUGAAAAUGGGUAACCUUUCCAUAUGUGUUUUAAUUGAAUUUUUAACAUAUACAAAUUGAAUAAAGUAACGUAAUAACCUUGAAAUGAGUAAACUAUUUGCUAUCCGCAUGAGAGGCAAACAGUAUAUUGAUUACGUUUAUGACUCUUCUUAAGACUCCUUACUGAAGUCACCUAGGUGUUUGAAUCAUGUAUUGAAAGAAAAACAAUCAAUUAUAUAAUCACGCAACUUACGUAGUGAAUUUCAAAUAAACACUUGCUCCUUACAGAAAACAAUUAUACUUCUUAUAAAUUGCAAUCUAUAAGUACAAUGAUCUAAUUGUUUCAAAUGUUGUAAGUCACCCGGUUGUUUAUACUAAGAAAACAGAGGACAUCAUCUUUAUGAGAAUUAAAUGCAUACUACAAGCAAAAUGUGUAUUUCUAAACUUAUUUCAAACGAAACCAGAAAAAGUCAUAAUUAAGAGUUUAAUGUUUGCAAGCAUGUAUUAUUUAUUCGUAUGAUGGUUGCAUUCUUUGUUAUGUAUGUUUAAUAUUAAAUCAUGUUAAGCAAAUUA